ACGUUGAAUGUCGUCUGCAACAAACAUUUUGUGACUUUUGAACAAAGGUUUUGUUCAAGAUUGAGACGUUUUAAGCAAGCCAACUUAACAAAUUGAAUAUGUCUGGCCGUGGUCGCCAAUCCAUAGACUAUGUCAAACCGAGUGAACCAAGCUUUUUGACGAAAUUUAAGCAGCAAGCAGGUUACAAAGAAGGGCCAAACGUUGAUACGAAGAGAGAGGUUCCAUCAUUUGAUGAGGAUGAUGAUCGACCAGAAGAAGAUGAUGAGAAACCAACUGUCGUUGUACUCCGUGAGGGAGAUUUGACACAAGAAGAGGUCGAUAACUACGCUCAAGAUAAAGGAACAACUGAUGACAACGAAUCAGCUGGAAAAAUCCUCUUCAAGAAACCUUUUAAAAGAUCUUCAGAGGAGAGUGCAACAUCCGAUCUCAACGUGACAUCCAAUAAGAAAAAGAAACCCAAACGAGACAAGAAGAAAGGAGGCGAAAGGAGUGAAAUGAAAGAAGUGAAGAACAAAUCUUUGCUAUCGUUUGGUGAUGACGUGGAAGAAGAGACGAUGGAAAAAUUGGAAAAAAAUGUAACUUUUAUUUAGAGGGAUUUAUCAAUGAAUUGUCCUAAGCUUUUAAAACGAUAACCUGCAACUUGUUUGCAAGGAGUCUUCAGUCUUGUUUGGUUUAAUUUUAAAAACUUAAAAGAAAUGGAUAUUUGAAUACAAGAUAGCAUUAGUAUGGUCCCUCGAUCCACUAAGCGAAAGCAGUAGUCCCGGCCAAUUUCCUACCUUGCGUCCAAGACAGAACUUAGAGGUUUCCAGAAUUCCUUAAAAAUCUACUCUGCAGUAAUAGAAUAUACAACAAGAAAUGUUCUCAAAAGAACAUAAUCUACCCAAGAGAUUUACACAUUGUGUUAUCGCAAACCAUACCUCACCAUUCAAUGCCUAAAAUCAUUUAAACAACUUUUUUGUUUGGAAACUUACUUCUGUAAAACCAUACAAUAAUUGAAUCUUACCUGUCCUUGAAUAACGAUUGCCCCAGGAGUCUUAGUCCCCAAAAUGUUGCAUCGAUUUAUGUAUCAAAACUUGAAAUUAACUCUGAAAAUUGUUGUUUGAAUCAUCACCAAAGUACUUCUCUGUUAGUAAAACUUAUUUGUGGAGAAAAAAUACUUAUACAGUUGUUUGUACGGUUUGGAUUGUUGUCAAAAGAUUUGCUUGAAAGUGCCGACCCUAUUGUGAUCACAAUGUACACUAUGCAUACUAUGUGUGCAACGAACAAGCAGUUUCCACUUGCAUGUUCUUUGUCACAUGCACAGUUUUUGAAACAAAUUUUUGUAAAACUCUGAAUUUGUUUUCUGAAAUGGUCGGUCUGAAUUUUAUUUCUGACCAUUUCAGACACAGUUAAAUGUUUACAAAAAUAUCUGUAAAAGCAGUGGCUUUUUCUAAAUUACAUGUUUAUUCUCAAAAUUGAACACUACAAAUUAUGAGACAGGAUCAAGGCAAAUUAGGUUUGUACAUUUUAUAUUCAUAAUUUAUUAUAUUCACCUUUAAAUUUACAUUUGUUUUUUUUUCUUUAAUAAUAGAAGUAUCUGCAGAAGCAUUUUUUAACAUUAAAUAACGACAUAUUCACAUUUAUAUCUAUUUGGUGUUUCUUUUGUAGUUAAACGUGUUUUACUUUAAAAGAAAUUUAUGAAGAUACUGAGUAAGUCGUUAUCAAUUCUAGACGUCUGAUCCCUACAUCCCCCUCACUAAAUGUUCCACUUUGAUGUUCCAGUUUGCUUUGUCUAAAUCAACGUGCUGCAUGCAAUAUCUGUGCAACGCAUCUUAAAGUGCAGCAAGCCUUUCCAAAGUAGUUAAAAAGUUAAUCACAACAUACGGGAAUGUGCAUAUAUCUCAAGAGUCGGCAUAUUAUUUUAGUGAUAUUUGCAUAAUCAAACUUUUUGAAUCCUUUCUCUGCAGCCGACAACAAAGGAGACUUAAUCUCAGUUUCAUUUUGCGAGAUGUGUAUUAUAUUCUUAAAGCUGCUUUGUCAAAGAAAUUUGCAGAUCAAAGAAAAACCUUGCUUAGUGAAAGUAUUUUUGGAAGUUUCUUUGCUUGGCAAAAAAAUUAGUAGGUCUCCAGUAGCCAAAAAUGCCCCUCUGGCUUUUGAUACUAUGAUGGAGGAUGCUGCAGCUGUUUAAGAUGCAGAUUUUAUAAGGAGAAGAGUAAGACAACACAACGUUGACUAUGAAGAAAGACAGAGACUCCGAAGGUUUCAGCGAAGUUUCUCUUUAGGGACCAGUUUCAUGAUCUGCUAAGCACACAAAUUUGCUAAGCAUCAAAUUUUGUUUUAAAAUGAAAGUUGUUUCCCACAAUAUUUUAUACUAUUAAUUACCAAACGUGUACCUUCUCUUUAACCUCCCAGUAAGUGCUACUGAAGCAAACGGAGAAAGGUGUGCAUGGUUUGACAAAAACUUGAAACAUUCCAUAUCUGCUUAGUCACAACCAUACAUUUGCAACUAAUCUUAGAAGAACACAAUUUGACAUCAAAUGGAUUGGUUGAGUUUUCUAAUAAACAAAAAUAGCAAUUACUGUAGAUUAAUCUGUUUACUAUACAAAAAAUGGAUAAAUGCAUAAACAUUGUAUGAAUCUGUUUAAAGUAUUUACAUUAAUUAUAAUUAACACAAAAUCCGAAAAUAUUGACUAUUUUUUUAAUAAUAACUUUUGUCAAUGUACCGGUAACCAUCAUAUUCUAAAAAAGUUAAGUUUGUAAUAAAUAUAGACAAUCUAGGAGCCAGGUUUUGGGUGAUUGGAGUAAUAGAUUUAGGGAAUGAAUUUUUAACAAACUUUGAGGGGAAAAGGAAAGUUGCAUGCAAAGUACAUGCAUUCUAGGACUCAAAUUUGGGGGGAAAUGCUGAAGACAGGAUUUGUAGUUCAUAAUUUAUACCCAUGAGAUGCUGAAAACUUUUGGACAACUGUCCGCUCAACUUGAAAACAUUAAUCAAUGUUAAAUUUGCAUCGGGGUUAAAGGAUAUUAUUUGGUUUUUACCCUUAACAUGACGUGUGUAAGCACUGUAUACUCAGUACAUUCCCGAGUUUUGUGGUUCUGCUCUCACAAAGUAUUUAGAGAAUAAUAUGUGAUUAUGCUACUACUUUCUAACCUUUCUUAAAGAAUAAAGCAUGAUUAUAGGUAUUCCAAAAACAGAAUACCGAGUACGUGUUUUUUAAAGAAGACUUAUCAAAAACAAAUGCUGCUUCAAUGGCUAAAAAACAAAUUGAAAUAGCCAUGACAACAGACACUCAGCAGACACUCGGCAAGUCUUAAUUUAAUGCAUAUUUAGUUAAAAACGUCUUGAAAUUUUUACUUGGGUUACUUGCAAGAAUAUUUAAAGACUAUUGAAGAUUUUGAGUACCAAGAAGCAGGUCUGGAAUUACACGAUGAGGCAAUGGCCUUCGUUGACCUGUUCUUGGCCUUUGUGCCUCAAAUGUGUCUCAUGUACUGCAAGGUUUUCCAGCAGUAAGUUCACUUUGCAAAUGAUUCAAAAAGUAAUAAACGACCCUGCCCUCCCUAAAAUGAAAUUCCACGCUUAAGAGGAAACACAGGUUUUCUCUACAAAUGCUCAGUGAAAAGAAUCUUCAGAAUCUUCAGAAAUUAUACUGCAUGAAAGCGCCUUGGAAUGCUUUUUAAACACACACAAGUCACUUUUUCUUAAACAAACACAUAACGAGCCCCCCCCCCCCCUAAAAAAACCAAUAACAACAAAUUUGAAAUACGUUUAAUUCUAUUAUUGUCUUCUUGCCUUUUGUAUUCAGCGAUGGGGAUUCGAUUAAGGUAUACCUCCGAGUCCGUCCACCUGAUCAGGACAAUGGUUUAGACUCCAGCCAGAUAUUGACCGUCCAGCCACCGGAUAUGGUUAUCCUACCGUGCAAACCUGAGCCCAAAGUCUUUACGUUUGAUCAUGUAGCUGAUAUUAAUACGACACACGUAUAAUAUAAUAUAAACAGGUUUCUUUCUCCCCAUGCACAAAUUAGAGCAACGGGUCGAUAAGCGCAAAGUGCGUGCCGAUACGCUAACAUUUCAGUCACUAGCCAAUAAAUGCAAUUUGUCAUUGUUUUUCAUUACUGAAAUGAAGGUAUACUCCAAAAUAGAGUACAGGCUCCUCACAGUCACAGUCACAAACAGUGAGUUUGACCACAAUAACUCGGAAAGUAAACAUCGUUUUCACUAAAGUGUGUGUGUUUAUUUGAAUAACUUGAGGGGUCAGUCAACAGCCCUAUUUGUUUGUAAGAUAACUGGAGAUAACAGGUGUGAGUUUCCAGACAAAAAGGAUAUUUUCUUUCUUCAUACUUCCGAAAGAAAAUAAUUUUCUUGUCUAUAUCUCCCUAAUGAACAAACAAUGAGGAGACAAUAAUAAAGAAACAACUGGUAUGGCGAAGCGGCUUGCUGCGUCGCAGCCUAUAUACCGUACAGCCCUACUGGUUUGUAAGAUAACUGGAGAUAACAGUUGUGAGUUGCCAGACAAAAAGGAAUUUUUUAUAGCCUCGUUUUUAAUGGAGCUUUUCCGUAAUAAUUGCUAAGAUUUCUGAAAAUUCCACCUGAAAAAGUGGCUCUGUUUUUCAGGUAAAAACUUUGAAAUAAUUUUGCAGCUGCCCGGUUGAAAGAGGAAUGAAUUGUAUGUUGUAGGGAAAAGGUUUAAAGAAAGGUUGAAAGACUGCCAUCCGCUCUCAUCUGCACUUGGUUUUAGACGGACAUUUUUAAAGUUUUUUCAAUGCCACAGCUUCCAGAUGACUAUGUAAUCCAGAUCCAGAUGUCAGUUUUAGUGAGAAACAAUUGUUAUUUGGCUUGUAGCUUGAGCUCAAGCUUGUAGCCCCAAAUCCUACAAAAUCAGAAAACUUCCUAAAUGGAAUUGAAGGAUAUGAAGGGUUAUGGUUUUAUACAAUGACAACCUUUACACUAUUGUUCAAAAUACACCUUAUCUUUCUGAAACCCUCACUGACCUACAAACAAACCCAAUGCUGAGAAAUACAUUUUUGCAUGCAGCCUCUUGAAAACACAUGAUUUAUGCAACAAAUGUUAUUUAAAAUUUAUCAAGUUAUAUUAUUUUUGCACUGACUCGGCAAUACAUACUGCCAUUCCUACAUUUUAUUUGCGUAAUCAACCAACUAACAGAUGACCCUGUCCACAUUGCUGUACAGUUCCAUGGCCCAAAUUAAAGGAGCUGCUUAUGCACAAAAUCGAGCAAAGUAGACAAAAUUUGCAGCCCAGCAGCCGAUUUCACGAAACGCUAGGAUUAAUCCUAUCUCGAGUUGGGCCGAGUAACACGUCCUAACUUAG